GAUAUCAUUGUGAACUGUCAGCUUCCCCUCUCGCGCUCAGACGACGUGACGUGACGUACAACCCAAGUGUAAACAUGUCGGCAGCAAAGUGUUUCUCCAAAGGAAGUGCUGAACCCGGUCCAGUCCCCAGCGGCCACAUCCGACUUUACAGCAUGAGAUUCUGUCCCUUCGCCCAGAGGGCCAGAUUAGUGCUGAACGCCAAAGGGAUCAAACAUGAGGUCAUCAACAUCGACCUGAAAGACAAGCCUGAGUGGUUCUUUGAGAUGAAUCCUCUUGGACUUGUCCCAACAAUGGAGACACUUGCUGGUGAGCUGAUAUACGAGUCUCCCAUCAUCUGUGACUACCUGGACGAAUUUUACCCCGAGAAGAAGCUGCUUCCCUCCUCUCCUUUCGGAAAAGCUCAGCAGAAGAUGACACUGGAGCAUUUUUCGAAGAUUGUACCACUCUUUUACAAGAUUGCAAUGGGGAGAAAGAGCAACGAGGACGUCUCGGGACAGGAAGCUGAACUGAAAAAUAAGUUGUCCAAAUUAAACGAGGACCUGGUUAACAAGAACACCAAGUUCUUCGGCGGGGAUUCCAUCACGAUGAUCGACUACAUGAUGUGGCCAUGGUUUGAGAGGCUGGAGAGCUUUCAGCUGGAACAAUGCCUUGACGGCACACCCGAUCUGACGAAGUGGGCGGAGCUAAUGUUGGAGGACGAGGCUGUCAAAGCCACAAUGCACAGUGUGGACACCCACAGGGCCUUCCAAAAGACCUACGCGGAGGGGAAACCCAACUACGACUACGGCCUGUAGAAAAGAAGGGCUCGAAACAUCAAACUGCACCAUUUAUUAUUCAGAUCCAUCUUUUUGAUUAUGUGACUCUGGGCUCAUGUCUGUGUUUCUAAAUUUGAUAAACUAGGAAAAUAUAGUAACUGUGAUGACUAUAAACUUGACAUUGAAGGGGGAAAACAUUUUUGCUGGCCAUUUAUUUUGUGAUUGAUCAGAAUAGUACAAACAAUAAUGGAAAUGUGGUUCAGUGAAGAAAAUCUGACUCAAGUGUUGAUCGAUCUUUCUUUAAUAAAAAAACGGAUGAAAUGACUGACCUGAA